AUGGCGGCUAUUAAUUGCAGGUUUGCAGGUGAGCGGCGGAGCGCGGUGUGCGUGACGGAUCAUGGCGGAGCGGGGCGCCGCGGCCCCCGCGCGUUAAACGCCGCCGGGCGGGUAAGCGAUCGGCCCCCGGCGGCACGACGGGCGGGUCUCGUCGCCGAUUGGCCGGUGAGGAGCAGGGCUCCCGCGCCCGCGCGCCUCCACCAAUGGGGGCGCGGUCUGGCGGCCGAGAGCGGCGCGCCACUCGGGCGCGCACAUUCGUUCCGAUGCGCGGGUCGUGGGACGAGUGCACGACGGCGGCGCUGCACGCGCGCAUCCUGGAGGCGCACCGCGGGCCCGGCGCGGCCGAGCCGCCCGCCUGCGAGCCCGCGCUCGAGCUGGCCGCGCCCACGCCGCUGCUGCCGUGCCCACGCUCUCCUUCAGCGCUGCGCAAGUCGCCACCGUCUGCGAGACCCUCGAGGAGAGCGGCGACGUGGAGCGGCUCGCGCGCUUCCUCUGGUCGCUUCCCGUCGCCCACCCCAACGUGGCCGAGCUGGAGCGCUGCGAAGCUGUACUCCGUGCGCGUGCCGUCGUCGCCUUCCACGCUGGCCGGCACCGGGAGCUUUACUCCAUCCUCGAGCGACACCGUUUCCAGCGCUCCAGCCAUGCAAAGCUGCAGGCGCUCUGGCUAGAAGCGCACUACCAGGAGGCCGAGCGUCUCCGUGGACGCCCGCUCGGCCCCGUCGACAAGUACAGGGUGCGGAAGAAGUUUCCACUGCCGCGGACGAUCUGGGACGGCGAGCAGAAGACGCAUUGCUUCAAGGAGCGGACGCGCUCGUUGCUCAGAGAAUGGUACCUUCAAGAUCCCUACCCGAACCCGACGAAGAAGAGGGAGCUGGCGGCGGCGACGGGACUGACGCCGACGCAGGUCGGCAACUGGUUCAAGAAUCGACGCCAGAGGGACAGAGCGGCGGCCGCGAAGAACAGAUCAGCGCUGCUCGGCCGAGGGUUCGCCUCGUCGUCCACCUACGACGAGGACUCGGCCGACUCGGAGAUCAACGUCGACGAGGAGUAGCGACCGCAUAG